CAGGCACCGAGCGAGGCCAGGGAGCCCUCUGCGUCAGCCACUGCUCGCUGCACCGCGCCAGUACCAGCCAGGACUCAUCCGCAGCUCCAUGCUUGUGCCGGGUUCGACUCGUCCAUCCUCCGAAAAGAGGCAGUGUAACCUUCGCAAUUACGUUUAUAAGCCGGAGUAUCUAUACAUCUGAAAAAGGUCGAGCUUGCGUCUACACUAAGACUUCUAGGACUCUACAUCCGAGCACACUGCCAAGAAGCCCAUGAGGCUCCCAGUACCCACUGAGUGCCACCCUGAAGGAUGUCCCAGCUCUCCUCCACCCUGAAGCGCUAUACAGAAUCUUCCCGCUACACAGAUGCCCCUUAUGCCAAAUCGGGCUAUGGCACCUACACCCCCUCUUCCUAUGGGGCCAACCUGGCCGCCUCCUUCCUGGAGAAGGAAAAACUUGGUUUCAAGCCGGUCUCCCCCACCACCUUCCUCCCACGGCCCCGAACCUACGGCCCCUCCUCCAUCCUGGACUAUGACAGGGGCCGCCCCCUGCUGAGACCUGACAUCAUCGGGGGUUGUAAGCGGUCUGAGAGCCAGACCCGGGGCAACGAAAGGGCUUCAGGCAUCGGACUCAAUGGAGGCAGUGGAUUCCCGUAUGGAGUGUCCAGCAACUCCCUCAGCUACCUGCCCAUGAAUGCCCGAGAGCCGGGGGCGACCCUGAGCCAGAAGAAAUCGAACAGCCAAUCAGAUCUGGCUCGGGAUUUUUCCAGCCUCCGGACCUCAGAUAGCUACCGGACUUCAGAUAGCUACCGGUCCUCAGAUGGCUACCGGAUAGACCCCGGGAACCUGGGCCGCAGCCCCAUGCUGGCCCGCACGCGGAAGGAGCUCUGCGCCCUGCAGGGCCUCUACCAAGCAGCCAGCCGCUCUGAGUACCUAACGGACUACCUGGAGAACUGUGGUCGCAAGGGCAGUGCACCCCAGGUGCUCACGCAAGCCCCUCCCUCCCGAGUCCCCGAAGUCCUCAGUCCCACCUACCGACCAAGUGGCCGCUACACACUGUGGGAGAAGGGCAAGGGCCAGGCCUCCGGGCCCAGCCGCUCCAGUUCCCCGGGGCGAGACACCAUGCCUCAAGAGUCAUGGAGCCUCAGCCCGAUUCAGACCCCAAAGGACUAUCUCCUUUUCACCCAGCCCACUUCAGAAAGUGGCUCUGACAGAAAGGGGUCUCGCAGAAAGUUGGCUCCUUGCGAAAUAAGCUAUAGAUCUUUGUUGGCUGCAUUUUGCAGCAGCCAGACCUGCCGGACAAGACUGGACACUAAUUCAAAGAGUGCCCAGGGUCUGGCUGGUCUUCGAAACCUUGGGAACACGUGCUUCAUGAACUCAAUUCUUCAGUGCCUGAGCAACACCCGCGAGCUGAGAGAUUACUGCCUUCAACGGCUGUACAUGCGGGACCUCGGUCACACCAGCAGCUCGCACACAGCCCUCAUGGAAGAGUUUGCAAAACUAAUCCAGACCAUAUGGACGUCAUCCCCCAAUGAUGUGGUGAGCCCAUCUGAGUUCAAGACCCAGAUUCAGAGAUACGCACCACGCUUCGUUGGCUACAAUCAGCAGGAUGCUCAGGAGUUCCUUCGCUUCCUCCUGGAUGGGCUCCACAAUGAGGUGAACCGGGUGACAGUGAGACCCAAGCCCAGCCCUGAGAACCUGGAUCACCUCCCUGAUGAUGAGAAGGGGCGACAGAUGUGGAGGAAGUAUCUAGAGAGGGAAGACAGUCGGAUUGGGGAUCUCUUCGUCGGGCAGCUGAAGAGUUCCCUGACCUGCACCGACUGUGGCUAUUGCUCUACGGUCUUCGAUCCCUUCUGGGACCUCUCGCUGCCCAUUGCAAAGAGAGGUUAUCCUGAGGUGACAUUAAUGGAUUGCAUGAGGCUCUUCACCAAAGAGGAUGUGCUGGAUGGGGAUGAAAAGCCAACAUGCUGCCGCUGCCGAGCCAGAAAACGAUGUAUAAAGAAGUUCUCUGUGCAGAGAUUCCCAAAGAUCUUGGUGCUCCACCUGAAGCGGUUCUCAGAAUCCAGGAUACGAACCAGCAAGCUCACAACAUUUGUGAAUUUUCCACUAAGAGACCUGGACUUGAGAGAAUUUGCUUCAGAAAACACCAACCAUGCUGUUUACAACCUUUAUGCUGUGUCCAAUCACUCCGGAACCACCAUGGGAGGCCAUUAUACAGCCUACUGCCGAAGUCCGGUGACAGGCGAAUGGCACACUUUCAAUGACUCCAGUGUCACACCUAUGUCCUCCAGCCAAGUGCGCACCAGCGACGCCUAUUUGCUCUUCUAUGAACUGGCCAGUCCACCCUCCCGAAUGUAGCAUUGAGGAGCUACUGCCCUUCCCUCUUCCCUGUGGCGGCCCCACGUCCUAAGUUUUUUAAAAAUUCAGAAAAAAAAAAAAAACACCACAAAAAAAACAUCAACAAAAUCCUGACAAGUAAGAGAAAAAUAAAGUGAAAUAAAGCUGUCGAGCGGAAGUUGAUACGGCCUGGUCGGGGUCUGGAGCAAGGAGCCGUGCCGAGCCACGGCCAGUCAGGGAAGACCACUGACGGAUGCAGAGACGGAGUCAGCCCUGUUCCUCAGCUCCUCGGCUUCUCUUGUUUGCAUUUUUAAGCUUGUGGUUUUUUUCCUGUGUGUAAUAAAAAACAGCGGUCUGUGGGGAGAAGAUCCUCAGUCCACCUGCUGCCCUCUCCUGCCCCACACCUUCUGGGAGGACAGCGCCCUCUGGAGCCUGCUGGGAGCAUCGCAGCUGGAUGGAGCGAGGGAGGACCGUGCACGGAGCCCCCCCCUGGACCUGCUCACCAGCCCAGAAAGGAAACACCCAUGAGCCAAGAGCCCUCUUAACGCUGCUAAGUCCAGGGGUACGGAUGAGGGGACAUCUUUGAAAAGAGCUGGUUUGGGUUUUCAAAAGCCCAACUUUUUUUAAAAAAAAAAAAAAAAUUAACUGUGACGAACAUGUUCCGACUGGAGAUGCCGUCCAUCCGUCCUUCACAUCUCUUCCACAGCUGGGACAUUGGGCUAGCCCUCUGUUUUUGUUGGGGUUUGUUUAUUUUUUUCUUUUUCUUUUCUUUUCUUUUUUUUUUAACUUCUCCAAAUAUAACUUCCCUAACGCUAGCCCCCUGUGGUAGGUCGGCCAGGCCCAAGCGUAGUCACAGUAGACCUGGGAUCUAAAUAAGUUUUCUGUUUCGAAGUUGUUUUUCUUUUCUUUCUUUCUUUCUUUCUUUUUUUUUUUUUUAUGUUUUGGAUGGAAUCUAGUUGCCUCCAAGAAUUGUGCCUUAUAGCAUUUGGGGACCAGGGGGUGACUUCCCCUUCCUGAGAUACCCCUCCGCUGUUUCUCUUUAUCCCAGGGCCAUGUUCAAAGCCUCUUGGGGAAAUGGGGCGCUGCCCUUAGCUCCUGGCUUGUUGCACGUGGCCGUGAGGUGAAGAGGGAGUGGGUAAAGGGUUUCUUCAGCGAGUGUAUCAAGUUCUUCCUGCGGUCCUCUCCCCCCCCCCCCCCUCCCCAGCUGUCUGGAGGACAGCACCGGCCCCUCAUCCCCAGAGCUUCACCUUUAAUUUAUUCUCUUCUUAAUGCCCCAUCCCCCAAGCUUCCCACCAUCUGUCCCUUUCUCAGAGUCUCCUGGACAAAGGCCCUCUAGACUGAGCUUCUCAGGGACACCCAUGCCACCCCUACCUACCCCACCUGGCAGUCGCCUUUGGUCCCACCCUGGGAGCUUGAGCCUGGAUGUCUGGUGAUGUCUUGUAUGGUUCUUUCCCAUGGAUUUGAUUUGGCCCUCAUUAGGCAAAAACUCCAUGCUGUCCCAAGAGCCAAGCUAUUCAGCACUAAGGCAUUUUGCACACCCCCACAGGUGGGCCUGGCUUACGCCCUCAGAACCUGGAGUGCUUGAGUGUUCCCAGGAUGAGGCAUCCUAGAAAGACACCCUGAGUUUACCUGGCCUGAUACCCUUCUCUAGGGAAGACCUGUGAAGCUGAGCCCCAGGGCGGGUGUACACUUGCUUACCAUGUAAGCAAGAGGAGGAUGUCUAAUGUACAGUGGAGCCUUGUACAGAAUAAAUAGUAGCUUUGAGAAAGAC